GCCAUAGUUUCAACAGGAUAGUCCCAUAACAAAGAUGUCCGAGAGUGUUGAAGAGCGUGUUGAGAGUGGCACCGCUGUGGAAGAAGUUGGAUCCACGACGGAAAAGCUGGACCAACUUGAAAUUGGUGAAGAUGAACACGAGGGAGCAUCUAGUGCGACAAAGAAGAAGAAGAAGAAGAGCAGCAAGAAGAAGAAGAAGAAAUUGGCCCCAAUUUCUGAGUCUUUCCCAGAUGGUAUCUACCCAGAAGGUGAAUGGCAGGAGUACAAGGAUGAGAACAAGUACCGAACCACUGACGAGGAGAAGAGAUACCUGGACAGACAACAGAGCGAUAGAUGGAAUGCGGUUAGAAAAGCAGCAGAGGUUCAUCGUCGUGUUAGAGAGCAUUUGGCACCAAGAUUGAACCCAGGUAUGACCACCACGGAAGCUGCAGAGACCAUUGAAAAUGCCGUUAGAAGCUUCAUGAAUGAGCCUGACAACAAGAUCGCUGGUAUCGCCUUCCCAACGGGUGUUUCUAGAAACGACUGUGCUGCACAUUACACACCAAAUGCCGGUGAUAAGACCGUUCUGUUGUACGAUGACGUUGUUAAGAUUGAUUUUGGAGUGCAUGUUAACGGUUACAUUGUGGAUUGUGCCUUUACAAAGACAUGGAACUCCAAGUAUGAUAAGUUGUUGGAAGCCGUUAAGGAUGCAACAAACACAGGUAUCAAGGAAGCUGGUAUUGACGUUCGUCUGACCGAUAUCGGUGAGGCAAUUCAAGAAGUUAUGGAGUCAUACGAGGUGGAAAUUGACGGUGAAGUUUACCCUGUAAGACCAAUCAGAAACUUGAACGGACAUAACAUUGGAGUCAACGAGAUCCAUGCUGGUAAGUCUGUUCCAAUCGUCAAGAACUUUGACGAAACCAAGAUGGAGGAAGGUGAAGAGUUUGCCAUUGAAACCUUUGGCUCCACGGGCCGUGGUUACGUUGUUGCCGAGGGUGAGUGUUCUCACUACGCUCUCAAGGUUGAUGCUCCAAAGGUUCCUCUGAGACUGAACAAGGCAAAAGCAUUGCUGGCCACCAUUGAACAGAACUUUGGUACAUUACCCUUCUGUCGUCGUUACCUGGAUAGGGUUGGUGAGGAAAAGUACCUCCUGGCCUUGAACAACCUGGUCAAGGAAGGUAUAGUGCAGGACUAUCCACCGCUGAUGGACUCUCCAGGGUCCUUCACAGCACAGUACGAGCACACAAUCCUCCUACACCCACACAAGAAGGAAGUUGUAAGUAGAGGGCCAGAUUACUAACCUUUCCACCACCAUUAAAUAGCUUUAUUCCCCUGUC